UGCAGAGCUGAGAGUUAGAAGCCACACACUGGUCAUUGUCAGCCACAACCCUGUGAUGUACUUUUCUUUUAAGUGUAACCUGUGUAAUAGUGCAUUGGAAUAAUCUGUAUAUAUCUGACAGGAGAAAUGGAGUUGGCAUCUAAUACAGAAAAUUCAGUUCUUAUACUGACUCAUAUUAAGCAGCUCCAUCAGGCUUUGGGAUGUGUAAUGGAAGAGCCUCACAUUAACCAGAGUGAAGAAAUAAAUGAAAAUAUCUUGACCUUAAUUGCCUCCAUUCAUGAUCUUAGCAGGACUUUCUCUGAGAGGUUACAUGAAUCCUCUGAACAAGUUCAAGCUUCUGUUCUUCUUCUAAAGGAGCUUCAGAAUAAAUUCCAGGACUGUGUCUCCCAUGAUGAACACGUGCAUUACUGUACCACAGUCGGCCAAAUCCUUUUUGACACAGCAAAACACCUUGACACAGUUGAAGAGCAAUGGAACGACAUUCGCCUUCAAUAUAAAGCCACCGCAGAUCAAAAGGUGGAUAUAACCAAAAAAACUACUUGUGACCAAAAUAAGGAUGGACAUACAAGCAGUACCUUAAUUAAUAGUGCAAAGUCUGAUGAGAGCGGAGAAAACACAGAGCAAAACCAGUGCAGAAUCCAAGACAAGUUUCAAUCUGAUGAAACUGAUGAUAUUCUGAUUAGAGCAAUGGAAGAGCUUACCACAAAUGAAAAUCAUAAUUUCAGUGAGGAGGAAAAUAAAGAAACUGACAUUAAACACAAGAGCACAAAUGCUGUCCCCAGGAAUAACAAUGAGCUAGCAGAAACCACAACAGAAAGGGAUAUUAGUCAGAACCAGGACAUUCAUCCGGAACCACAUCCAGACACCCAAUAUGGGUGCCAAGGCUUUGAUAAUAGCAGCACAAGGGAUUGUACCACUUCUGAAGUUGUGUGUAAUGGAACCAAACUCCAUCUUUCAGUUGAGCGUUUACUGGAAUCGGAAAAAUGGACAUACCAAGAGUACAUGUUACAAAGAGAGGGGGAAAGUGAACCGACUCUGGCUUGCUUCAUCAGAGCACCUUCGUAUAUUCUGCAAAAACUGCAGGUUCAGUACAUGGACUCCAUUAGUUCUUUGAUGGUGUCCGAUUCAGAAGAACUGGUCAGCAAUAUUUUGGGGAUUUUGAGUCUAGACAGUGAUCUGACCAUUCCUUUUCCAUUAAGUAUUUCAAUUCCAUUUAGUUCCCGAUACAGAGGAAAUUACAAAGAUGUUAUGGUCAAGGCCUGUGAUGAAAAUCUACAUCCAAGCUACUUAACACCACAUUCUUUGGAUGGGUACCAUGGUAACUAUAAGGGGACGUUUGCAGAGGUAAAAAUUUACAAACUUGGCAUAUUUUCCGUGGUGUCAUGCUUAAAGAAGGAAAAUUUUACGAUUCUUAAGAAAGGAUUAUCAAUAAAACUGGGCAUAGACCCAAGGAUAUCUUUAAAUUACCCUCCAGGCUGCUUUCGAUCUUCAGUAAUUGUUCAGUUCAAGGUUCAGCCAAUUGACACAUCAAUUAUAUCAUUGCUGAAAGUAAAACAUGACGUAUACCACUCAGUAGUGUCUACCAGCCCGAUGGUUCAUGUUAAACAGCCGUCGGUUCAGCUUUUUCGAAAGCCCGUCACAGUGUUCCUUCCCUGCCCUCCCAAUCCUGAGAAAAAGAAACAAGGGGAAGAAUCAGACAAUAAAAGGGCAUCCACUGCAAUGGGACCAAGAGCCACAGGAGCCAACCAGCUUAGGGCUGUUAGCGCCCCAAUGAGGAAGCUUGGCGAAAACCCAAAUGAAUCAUUGAAAUUACUGGCAUACAAAGAAGAUCAAUGGAUAAUAUUGGAAGAUAUUGUGGUGAAGAAUGUCCAGAAUGGAAUAGUUUCAUUUGACAUGGAUGAGCAUGUUACAAGCUUUAUUGUAAUUCGUCUUUCUUCAGCAAUGGACAAUGCCCACCUGAUGAGCUUCAUUCACAGCUUAGAAGUAGCUACACAUAGCUCUAUGGUGAAUGUGAUCUUGUACAGAAAGAAGGACAAUCUUCAGAAGGCAAUUGUUAAAGUGGUACCUUCAAAAGAAUUAACGUGGGAAGUUGCAAACUUGCGCGAAGAGGGUUAUUCUGGUCCUCCGGAACCUUCUGAGCAAAUACAGCUCCGAGAAGGAGAACAAAUCCAUUUUCGCUUUUGUGGCAAUAUAACGGCAUCAGAUGGGAAGGACUGCGGAAAAACCUUUGGACUUACCUUUCAUGCUCAAAGGAAACAAAGGUUAUCCCUCCAUCUCAGUGUGGUGGAUGAGUUUGGAAAUUAUAGUUGCCCGCACUAUAAAGGCACUGUAGCAGUGUACAAGCUGGGGAAAGAAGACAUUGCUGAAUGCUACAAGAGUGGGCAAUCGACUGAUACCUAUUUACAACAACGGAGCCCAGUUUGCAAACUAGCAGUAACGCUACCAAAGAUGGAAAAAAAUGUGAGUCGUCCUUCAAGUACAAAAAUAAUAACAAGUGAUCCUGCAGAUAUUCUAUGGGACAGUCUGCUAAAGUGGUUGGCGCAAGAACUGUCAGAAGAAGAUGCAUCGCACCUGGUGCUGUCACUCCCCAUUCGGCGCAGUACCGUGCAGCUGGUAAAGCUAAAAAGUCCCGAUAAUCUGACUGAGCAAAUAUACGAGUUCCUGAGCUUUUGGAAGAAGAGCCUCCCAGCGUCCGCCGACAAGAUCAGGCUUUUAGCCCGACAUUUGAGAAAAAGCGGCCGAAGUGAUCUGCUGGAACCGCUUCAGAUGAACUGGGAGACUAAAAUGUCUCUUCCAACAUAACUCUGCAAUGUUUUAUUCUCUACCGAAAACACUUAACUUAAAGACAAUAAUGGUUUGGGAUAUUUGGAAAUAAAGAAUUAGGUCUUAAUGUAAAAAGGAAACUAACAAUUGCUGAUUUUCUGUAUGUUAUAAAUAUACUUUAUAUGUAAUAUGUAGCCAUGGUAACCCAAUGACUGGAGGUUUAAACAAAUGCUUAUUUGGAUACUGAUCAUGGCACAGAUAUGGGACCUGUUAUCCAGAAUGCUUGCGGGUUUUUUUUACUAAUGAAUCAUUUAAACAUUAAUUA